UAUAUACUGUUUUAUUAUAGUUCGAUCCGCCAAUAGAAAGAACUAGGAAGUAAAUGUGUAUUUUGAUAGGUAUUCUACUCAGGUGCAAACUACAGGUACAUACGGUUUGGAUUUUAGUCACGAUAAAACAGAUACAGGGAAUUAGUUAUGAACAUGCAUCUAUUGUCAUUGUUCGUGGUACUUCUUCAGCUAGUACUCCUUGUGUCAGGUCGUUGUUCGGAUUCAACUGCCACCAAUAUCGUUAUGUCCAACCUUGGUAUAACGGAAAUCGACGAGUCAUUGUUCGAAGACUGUAAUCCACAAGCUAUAAGUAUUGACCUGUCUGGAAACCAAAUUACACAUAUAAAUGCAACUGCGUUUGCAUCCUAUGAUGGGGGACUUAGUCAGAAGUAUAUUCCUUUGUUUUACCAACUGAAAACAUUAAAUUUGAAUGAUAAUCAAAUCAACUCAAUAGACCCGAAUGCCUUCAAAUAUACAAAAGUUCUGGAGACACUGAACAUGAAGAACAAUCAGCUCCAGUCAUUAGAAUCUGAGGUCUUUGAUCCUAUAGGCGAUACAUUGGUCACCUUGGUGGUGUCAAGUAAUCAAAUAGCAUCCAUUGGCAUGUCGAUGUUUAGUACCAACCUAAAAACACUUCGUAAUGUUGACCUUUCAUACAAUAAAAUGACUUAUAUGGAAGCAUGGCCGUAUAUUCCACCUUCUAUCAUAACAUUUAAUCUUAGUUAUAACGACGUGAAUGAAUUUACCAAUCGUCUAAACUGGACGUAUGACCUGCAGGAACCUUAUCAUGCCUACGUUGAUUUAAGAUACAAUAAAUUUGCAAGAUGGGACGAUGAGUGGUUCAGGAGAUACCAAAAACCAAACGGUGAUUUUGUAGGCGACUUUGUAACCUAUCGGCUGGACAUUACGAAAAAUAACUGGACAUGCGAUUGCCAUAUGCACUACAUGGCAUCAAAGAUUCAGGACUCUUUUUAUAGGUAUGCAGAAUCAGAACUUUUACAUGUUGAAUGUGGAAGUCCGCCCAAUCUUAGUGGACAACGUCUCAUGAACGUAGACCUUAACGAGUUUAAUUGUGACGUCGUAAACUGUUCAUUUGGAUGCAAGUGUACAAAUAUAUCCGAAACUAAAAUUUUGCAAGUAGAUUGUAUGAAUGGAAAUUUAAUUAUGCUACCAAUGAAACUACCAGACAUUCCAGAUAGAACUAUUACAUUGGACGUUUCUAAUAACAGUAUUUGGAAAAUAGAUCCAAGACCAUAUGUUGACCAACUCGUGAAACUAAAUGCAGCGAAUAAUAAACUUGUGUUUAUUGAUCAAGAAACUGUCAAAAAUAUGACGCAAUCAAAGUUGUCAAUGAACAUAUCGAACAAUAAUCUCAAUUUUUUACCAAACUCUAUUCAAAAUGUACAAUCCAUUUCCAUCUAUAACAAUCCAUUUAUUUGUGACUGUAAUAUGACAUGGAUGAAAGGAUGGCUUGAACUGGAUUCUAUAGUAGAACCUGAUAAGUCCGUUACAUGUAAAACAACAGAAGGAGACGUCCAUAAGAUAGUUGACGUCACAGAGAGCCUACUUGACUGUAAUUAUGAUACCGAAAUCGGUUUGGCCGUUGGUUUUGGUAUCCUGCUAAUUCUUGUGGUGAUAGGAAUCGUUUGGGCUAAGCGAUGUCCAUAUGAGACAAAAGUCCUGGUUUUUAAGUUUUUUAGAAUCCAUCCUAGUGAUAAAUAUAAGAUUGACGAAGAAGUUAAAUCUUACGAUGCCUACAUUUCAUUUGAUGAUGAAAACAUACACAUACGGCAAUGGGUGACAAGAAAACUGAAGAAACGGUUAGAGGAGAAGAAACAGGAACUGUUUAUACCGGUCAUUAACUUACAAAUUGGAGAAGAAAAGGCAGACCAGAUUGUGAAAUCUAUGGAAAACAGUAAAAGAGUGAUCAUCAUACUUUCAGACAAAUACGAUGAAAAUGAAUGGAGCGUUUUUGAAUGUCAACAGGCGGAAAUGCUGAAUCCUAAUGAUGGUAGAAUUAUUUUCAUAAAAUAUCACCCAGAAGCUGAAGACAUGGUGCAAAAAGAACCAUGGAAAUCUCGUGUAAAGGAUAGAAAAGUUUUAGCAAUAGGCGAAAAAUCUAGUGAACAUCGAUGGUUUUGGGACAAACUUAAAUAUGAACUUCCGGUGAAAUAAUUCGUCAUUACCGUUAUGAUAUUAAACAAAUUCUAGUCAUUGUGGGAAUUUUUGCCAGCAGAGUUAAUUGUGCGAUUUAUUUGCCAGCCGAGUUUGUUCUGUGUCUUAAGUUCGUAAAAGUCGAAUAAAACGGCGUAUUGAAAGACAAAUACUGCUUCAGCUAUAUAUCUGUACGGAAUGAAUUUUUAGUUUCUGACAUUUAUAUAAGUUAUUGUAAAGAAGAACCACGAAAUCAUAAAAAUACAGAUAUAUAUAUUCAAAAAAUUUAUUGGUGGUCAGAAGGACAUGAAAUUAAUGAUUGUAAGAUUUUUGGUGUUUUACGCCACUUUCGGCACUCAUGGCUAUAUCGUGGUUUUUAUUGGUGGAGAAAGCCGGAGUUCCCUAGUAUAUAUUACAGGUUCAUUAUAUAUUACAUUAUACCGUGUCGUCAGUGCCAUAAAUAACUCAUUGUGUCGAUAUCAUGUGUUUGAAAUUAAAAUGUUAUGUUCCAAUUAAA